AUGUCUUUCUUCGGAAUGGGCCGCCCGCAGCCCUCGUCCGCGGAGCGCAUCGCCGCCGCUGAAGCCGAGAUCGAGCUUGUCAGUGACAUGUUCAACCGGUUAUCAUCGUCGUGCAUGAAGAAAUGCGUCCCCGCCGACUACCGCGAGGCGGACCUCAACAAGGGCGAGAGCGUGUGUCUGGACCGCUGCGUCGCAAAGUUUUUUGAGGUCAAUAUGAAGGUGUCGGAGAAGAUGCAGAGUGAGGCCGCUGGACGGGGGGGCAUGGGUGGUGGGUUUGGCAUGUAA